AUGGCUUCUUUCAUGUUUAAAACGAUGAUGGGGUCUUCCAUGAAAAAUCUGGGAAACAAUCUUGGGGGAGAAACACAGUCAACAGAAAAUUCAGAUGGAAAAGAAACUGCAGAGUCCAAGGGAAUGACGCGAGAAGAGUUUGAAGAAUACCAGAGACAGCUGGUGGAAGAAAAGAUAGAACGGGAUCACGUCUUUGCACAAAAGAAGGCAGAACGAGCAGCAGUCAGAAUGCACAUGAGAGACAAGUAUAGACUCCCACAGAGUGAAAAGGAUGAUGCACAGUUACAGAUCGUAGGGGGAGAUGUGGAACUUCCAGAAGAUCUGGCUAAGAUGGUACAAGAAGAUGAAGAAGAAGAGGAAGAGCAGGGUUCUUUACUGUCCAUGCUGCCAGAAUUUGACGUCGAUGCACUAAAAACACGAGCCCAAGGGACAUUUACCGAGGUCAAGAGAGUGGCUGAAGAAAAGUGCAGUGUAAUGUAA